AUGCGGAUACCAAGGACAGCGUGGUACUCGCAAGACGAUAUUCCCACUGCGCUCGCUUCUAUGAUUGGCACGUCGCGACUACAAAGAGUUGCGCCUGAAGUACAGCGGAUCGGCUUGGGACUUGGCCUGUUGUACGACGUCACCUCGCUGUCCUCUAAUGAGACGAAAGGCUGGUUGCAUAAUCGACUGGGGAAGUCUCGGGUCACGGAUAAGGAAUUGCUCAAGCAGUGGUUCAGCUCCUUUCCUGACAGCUUCGACUCUGUCGUGAGAUUUAACACCAAUCAGAGUGCACUUGUUUUCGAACCAGCGCGAGGCGAACUUCGUCGGUUGGAAAGGUUUCUUGUCACUUGUCGUAGCUUUGCUACUGUGAUGCCUACUAUGUUCGGAAUAGAAAGCAUGGAGUCAGCAGAAGCACAACUCCAUGUUGAAACCUUAGCACGGUGGGCGUGGGGCAUCGUCCUUUCCCGUACUGGUGUGGCGCGAGUAAAGGAGGCCACUGGUGCUGAACGUGAUUUAGUAUUGCUGUUGCCGGGUGUGUCACUGGUGAACACUGCGAUGGACGAUUGGAACUUACAACUACUGCGAGUUGGGCAUCUCAUGGCAGGUGAAGAGCUCACGAUGGACUACGGUUUGAAGAGUAACUUGCAGUUCUUGGUUUUCGGUGGCUUCACCAUCCCAGGAAAUGAGCUCGGGUACCCGAUGCGGAUGAACUUAACAGCGAGGAUGGGCAAGGACAUGCCCUCAGAGUCCGGAAGUGAAGCGCAGUCGUGGGACUCUGGUGAAUUGGAACAUCCCCCCUCGCAACUGAGUUCACAAGACGAACGGGCUCUCCGAACGAUUAUUACGAAUCUUCAAGAGAGAGUGGAGGAGAUCACCCGGAGUCUUGCCUCGGUGGACAUUCCUGCAAUGGAAGCCGACAAAGACCCUCUCAGUGCUAAGCUAGUCGGUGUCGUUCGACAGGAGUUGAAUGCUGCUAUCGCUUGGCGUGAAAAGGCGGAGGCUGUGAUGCUCAGCUCGAGGCGCUAA